AGAAGCUGUAUAACUCUCAGGGUCCAGAGCUCCGACGCUCUCUCUUCUCUCUCAAACAGCUCUUCCAGGAUGACAAAGACCUCGUUCCAGAGUUUGUGGCCUCUGAAGGUCUGACGUGUUUUAUCAAAGUCGGAGCGGAGGCCGACACCAACUACCAGAACUACAUCCUGAGAGCUCUCAGUCAGAUCAUGCUGUUUGUGGACGGUAUGAACGGCGUGAUAAACCACAAUGAGACAGUCCAGUGGCUCUACACGCUUACGGGGAGUGUGUCUCGUCUGGUGGUGAAGACGGCUCUGAAGCUGCUCAUCGUCUUCGUCGAGUACGCAGAGUCCAACAGUCCUCUGCUCAUCAACGCAGUCAACACGGUGGACGGGAGGAGAGGUGUGAAGUCGUGGAGUAAUCUGAUGGAGGUCCUGGAGGAGAGAAACGGCUCAGACACAGAGCUGCUCAUGUUGGCCAUGACGCUCAUCAACAAGACUCUUGGGGUGCUCCCGGACCAGGACUCGUUCUACGAUGUGACCGACAGUCUGGAGCAGUUGGGGAUGGAGACGAUCAUCUUCAAACACAUGAACAACAGAGGGACGGAGCCCGACCUGCGCUCUCAGUUCACCAUCUACGAGAACGCUCUGAGGUACGAGGACGGGGACGUGGACGACUCCUCCCUUCACCUCCGUAAAGAGAGAAGAAAGACGGCCUUCGGCGAGCAGGAGGGACGCAAGAACCGCCGCACCUCCAACCAAAACCUCCCUGACCUCCUCCCCUCACCCGCUGCUUCCUCCCCCACCCCGACCCCCACAACCUUCCUGCCCCCCUCCACUGAGACCACCCCGGUCUCCCCUGCCAUCUCCCCUACGUUCUCCCCCGCUGUCUCCCCCGUCGCCUCCUCCCCCAGCCCCACGGCGGGGUCAGGCAGCAGGGCCUCGUCUCCGCUGAUCUCCGAUCCUGACAGCUCCACCUCCAGUCCGUCCGGGUCCCACAGAGGGUCUCCUGUUCCUCCCCACACGGCCCCCAACGGUACCAUAGCAACAGAGCAGGAUGCAAAGUCACCGACCAGUCCGGGACGCUCUUUCCUCAGCCACCACAUGUCCGCUCUUGGUUUCGGCAGGAAGUCCAGACUCUUCACCAAAACCAGCUCUAUCUCUGAGGAGACGUCAGCCGCCUGCAGCUCGUCUCCCUCAGACCUCUCUCACCAGGAGAAGCCGUCCCAGUUGAACACGGAGCAGCCCGUCAAGACGGAGUCUAAAACCAGUUUCAACUCUGGGGAGGAUGACGUGUUCCGCUGCUCUGACGACUGUAAUGUAAACCAAGACAAGCCGGUUCUGAGGAGGUUUGAAGACACCUUCCUGCGCAGCCUGGCAGCCACACAGUGGGAGAAGAAGAGAAGAAGUAAACACCUGAGCCAGUCCAGGCAGUCCACGUCUGAUGAUGUCAUAACCCCGAGCCCGCAGCCUGCGGAGGGGCGUGGCGAGGAGGAGUCGCCACAUCAGGGGCCGACAUCCAGCAGUUCCGACACAAACGGACACUCAGACUCCCAGAAUGACCCAGCCUCCUCGAUGCAGAGGCAGUGCAGCACUCUCUCCGAUGACAAGAAGUUUGUGCUGGACAUGCUGUACUCCAAAGCCUCUUCCACAGCGCCGCUGAGCCCGACUGCUGCAGCUCCUGACACCAACGAAGAAGAAGGCAGCUUCCUGGCUGGUGGAGAUCUGGGCGGUCGUGGUCGUGUGUUGGAGCGUCUCUCCAGCCUUAAUGCGCGCUCAGUGGAGCCCUCCGUUCCCAGCGAGAGCAGCGCCUCCCGCAGGGCGGAGCUGGAGGGGCUGGAAGGUUCGGCACAAGCAGCGCUGGCCCGACUGGCUGAAGAACGACAGACCCGAAACCUCCGGCAGCAGAGCAGCAUCGAUGUGGAGGGCCAAGCCCGCCGCCUGGAGACCACCCAGUUGAACCCGCUGGCUCCUGGCGGUCCCCCUGACGCCUGGGAGCAGCUGCAGCCGAGCGCCGCCGCCCUGCGCAUCAAAGACCUGGACUUCUCCGACCUGCUGGACGAGGAGGACAUCGACGUGUUGGACAUGGACUCUUUUGACUCCUCCUCCUCUUGUUAUUCAGGCCUCCCUCCUCCUGCUCCUCCUCCUCCUCCAGGCAUGGCUGGAGUUUCACCACCACCUCCUCCUCCCCUUCCCCCGGGCCUCGGCGGACCUCCCCCUCCUCCCCCUCCCCCUCCUCUUCCAGGAGGUAUGGCCCCUCCUCCUCCUCCUCCUCCCCCUCCACCAGGUGCUCCACCUCCUCCUCCUCCCUUCUCCUCCUCGGCGGCUCCCUCUCAGAAGAAGAAGACGGUGAAGUUGUUCUGGAAGGAGCUGAAGCAGGCGGACGGGCCUCAGAAGUGUCGCUUCGGUCGGGGGACGGUGUGGGCGUCUCUGGACAAGGUGGCGGUGGACACCUCCCGACUCGAACACCUGUUUGAGUCUAAAGCCAAGGAGCUGCCUGUCGCCAAG